AUGUCACAAGCAGAGGAUGUUCCUACCAAGGGACUAGUUUCUGGGGCAUUUAGGGGCCAAAGUAAGUCUGAUUUUGACUACCCAACUCCUAACCCUUCUUCUUCACUUGGAUACUUGCCAUCGUCUUCGACGGGUGAGGAUUAUUCUAGGGCAGUUGAAGAGAAUAAAGAGAACAUUUCACCAUCGUCACCUCAGCGGGUCAUUAAGAAAUACAAGGCAAAUACCCUGCCGUUAGCUUCUACAGCUUCCUUCAAUGCCCAAGUGCGUAAGAUUUCAAAAGUGUUGAAUAUUGACCCUACUCAUGACUGUCAUGUCAGCGUGGGACGGUCAACGAAGCUCAGCCAGUUUACUUUGAAUCCACACAAUAAACUUAUGUCCAGGGUCCAUUGUAUUGUUGACUACAUCAGUGCAGAGCAUAAAGUACAGCUUUACUGUAAAGGCUGGAACGGAUUAAACGUGACAGUUCCAGGCUUGGUCGACGUUAAGGCAGUAAAGGAUAAUGUUUAUUCAAUUGAGCCUAAGGGACUUGAUGCCGUCAAGAGUGACAGAGUUCUCUUUGAAGAUCCUCAGUUCACCAAUUUUUAUAUUUUAAAGGGUGAGACGAUUAAUCUUCCCGUUAUGGAGAGUAUUGUGAUGGAUAUUCGUGGUGAGGUUGUUUUGAUAGAGUUUAGUAGAGAAGGAGACAAUGAGCUAGCAAUGGCUGUCGAGGACUCCAAGGAAGUUAACGAGACCAAGGAUGAGGAUGAAGAAGUUAACGAGGCCAAGGAAGAGGAUAGAGAAGUUAACGAAGCCAAGGAAGUUAUUGAGAGUAAGGAAGCCGAGGAAGUCAACGAGGCCAAGGAAGGUAUUGAGAGUAAGGAAGCUGAAGUCAAGAAAGUUAUUGCUACCGCUCCAAUCAAAAGUCAAACAGCCAAGGCUUUUACAGAGACUCCUAAUAAGAUUGUCACCAAAGUUCUUGCCAAGAUCGUCACCGCUCAGAAACUCAAGGCUAACGCUAAUAGCAAAGAGUCGAGUAAAGAACCACCCCACGAGCACCACAAGAGAGUGAGAAAGGCCUACAUUCGUGAGGAAGAAAAAGAAGAGAAGGAUUUGUUUGAGCAUAUGACGACUGCACAGAUUCAGAGUGUUUUGAAGGAAAUCCCUGGUUUAAAAGACAUUACUCAUGUUCUAACUAAUCACAUUGCAUACUCCAGACUGUUGCAAGUGCCUCUUUCAGAUCUGCUUAGCCUCAACCCAGUUAAAGAGGGCGGCCUUACACGGCUUCAGUUGAGAUGUGUCUUGGUUCACCAUAUUUCUUGCGUGGGUCUGAUCUACAGACCAGGUACAGACGCUGCUGGUUUACCCUUGGACGAGGAAUACUACUAUAUUCCGGAAAAGGAUGAAGAUAAGUCACGUGUGACACUUGUGGAAGAACUGAAGGGUUCUGCCUCCCAUCUUAGAAGUUGUAGAAAGACGCAUAAGCAGUAUUUCUGGAAGAGGCCUAAGAAAUGA